UCAUCGAUGUGGGCUCCGCCGCCCGCGCGGCCGCAUCACGAUGAACGCGCAGCUGAGCAUGGAGGCGAUCGGCGAGCUGCACGCGGUGAGCCAUGAGCCGGUGCCCGCGCCGGCCGACCUGCUGGCGGGCAGCCCCCACGCGCGGGGCUCCGUGGCGCACCGCGGCGGCCACCUGCCGCCCGCGCACCCGCGCUCCAUGGGCAUGGCGUCCCUGCUGGACGGCGGCGGCGGCGACUACCACCACCACCACCGCGCCCCCGAGCACAGCCUGGCCGGGCCCCUGCACCCCACCAUGACCAUGGCCUGCGACACCCCGCCGGGGAUGAGCAUGCCCACCACCUACACCACCCUCACCCCGCUGCAGCCGCUGCCGCCCAUCUCCACCGUCUCCGACAAGUUCCCGCACCACCACCAUCACCACCACCACCACCACCACCCCCCGCACCCCCACCAGCGCCUGGCGGGCAACGUGAGCGGCAGCUUCACGCUCAUGCGGGACGAGCGCGGGCUGGCCUCCGUGAACAACCUCUACGCGCCCUACCACAAGGACGUGGCGGGCAUGGGCCAGAGCCUGUCCCCGCUGUCCGGCUCGGGGCUGGGCGGCAUCCACGGCGCCCAGCAGGGGCUCCCCCACUACGCCCACCCGGGCGCCGCCGUGCCCGCCGACAAGAUGCUCGCCCCCAACGGCUUCGACGCGCACCACCCGGCGAUGCUCGGGCGGCACGGGGAGCAGCACCUCACGCCCACCUCGGCCGGCAUGGUGCCCCUCAACGGCCUUGCCCCGCACCACCCGCACGCCCACCUGAACGCGCAGGGCCACGGGCAGCUCCUGGGCACGGCGCGCGAGCCCAACCCCUCGGUGGCGGGGGCGCCGGUCAGCAACGGGAGCACCUCGGGCCAGAUGGAGGAGAUCAACACCAAGGAGGUGGCGCAGCGGAUCACCACCGAGCUCAAGCGCUACAGCAUCCCGCAGGCCAUUUUUGCGCAGCGGGUGCUUUGCCGCUCGCAGGGAACCCUCUCGGACCUGCUGCGUAACCCCAAGCCCUGGAGCAAACUCAAGUCGGGUCGGGAGACCUUCCGGAGGAUGUGGAAGUGGCUGCAGGAGCCGGAGUUCCAGCGCAUGUCUGCGCUCCGCUUGGCAGCCUGCAAAAGAAAAGAGCAAGAACACGGGAAGGAUAGAGGCAAUACACCCAAGAAGCCCAGGCUAGUGUUCACCGAUGUCCAGCGUCGAACUCUACAUGCAAUAUUCAAGGAGAAUAAGCGCCCAUCAAAAGAAUUGCAGAUCACUAUCUCCCAGCAGCUGGGGUUGGAGCUGAGCACCGUCAGCAACUUCUUCAUGAAUGCGAGGAGGAGGAGUCUGGAUAAAUGGCAGGACGAGGGCAAUUCCAAUUCAGGCAACUCAUCUUCUUCAUCAAGCACUUGUACCAAAGCAUGAAGGAAUCACCACAAACUCAAACCUCGGUGGAAAAGCUUUAAAUUAAAAAAAAAAAAGAAAUGUUUUUUUAAUGACCAGGACCUCAAGAUAGCAGGUUUAUUCUUAGAAAUAUUUGAAGAAAAAAAGUGUUAUUUAUAGUCCAAAGAAACCAAAGACUUAGCUAACCUGCAUUCUGACUUUAUUUGGAGACACGCACUUCAGCAGUGUGAUGACUUAGCAAGAAAACUUAUGAGCAGGAUUACACCACUGGAUAUCACACCUUCAAUCCAUGAUCAUUCUCACUGUGCUCGGCUGUUUACCGGUGUGGAGCAUAGUGAUUCUUGAUUCACAAAGUUCUGCUGCACCAUGAAGGUGUAGUCUCAGUACUGUGUGUGGAUGUGUGUGUGCACCUAUGUAUAUACACAGGUCUGCACACCCCCCACACACCCCACCACCACCAUCACCACCACCAGUGGUUAGGGACUCGGGCAGGGCUGGUCUUCAGGAAGAGUUGUGCUGUAAGAGUGCAACCAACAUAGUAUGGGGUUGUCUGAGUUUCUUGGAUUAGGGGUGUGGUUUUGAGCAGUUAGCCUAGUGUUUGAACCUGCUAGGCCCACAACCUAAAUGCAGAUUCAAACCCAGCAAAGAAAAUUUGAAUGACACCUAAACCAGUGCAUUCUCUUUGUUUGUUAAGAAAUGUUCAGAUAUUUUUUAAGAAAUUAAACAAGAGUCCAUCCGUUCAGAAAAAAAAAAUUACCUAGGUACCAAAGAACACAGUGUUAUAGUGCAGGUAUUUUAUUGCAAUGAUUUUAAUAACCAAAGCUAUUUUUACACAAGAUACUAUAUAAAGUUAUACAUAUGAACUUAUCUCGCUAAUGAUACACAUGCCAUGUAGAAUCCUGACUCUUACUUAUGACUCUUGAAGCAUUUUGAAAUAUUAGUUUUCAGAACUGGCAAGAAAGAAUGUAGCUUCAGGGAAGCAAUUAAUAUCAAAACACAGAGGUCGAUGCAGUAUGCUUGUACAUCCAGAUGGCAUACUCUCUUUCAGGAUGCAUAAAUGUCACUUAAGAAGACAUAUGAGACACGGUUCCAUAACCUAUUCUUAGCUGAGAAGACCUAGGUAUUCUUCCAAAAUUGGAUCCUGUUUGUAAACCAGGAAACUAAUUCAUCUGGGAUGUUGACUCAAUUAGAAAAUUUGUUGAAAGUACUGUUUUACAGUAAAAUGCCACUAGGUUAAUUUGAUGUAAAGUUUAC